CUAUCCAUGGUCACCGCCAGAUGGUUUCUGGGUCGGGAAACAGCUGAGUCAUGAGUUUAUUAAUUCUGUUUCGACUGAAAAUGCUUUUGCAUCUGACAGGUAAGCUGGUGGCAGAUAUCCCUCAAUCCGCUUUCACUGCCCACCUCUGCGCGGAUAUGCCCAGAGUAGGAGGAGGAGGAGCCCACCUCUCUCCGACAGGCACCGCUUCGGUCCUAUCGGACCUCGGCCGGACCCCUCCCCGUGUGCCCUGCCCACCCCGGCGGUCUCCUCUCCCAGCCCUGCCAGAGCCAAUCCGGCGACCGGGUGUAAUAAGUAGGACAAGCCGCUUCCUGGUUCUCAGAAAGGAGGAGCUGGGAGACGGAGUGGGCGAGCGGAGGCAGAGCACCGUGGGGGGGUCAGAGCGCCAGAGAGCCGGCGGUCCGCAGAGACAGCAGGACAGGAGGCAAGAGAGAGGACAUUUGGGGAGGAAUAAAGCCCCUACCGUGCGCUGAAGCGAGGACGGAGUCUACAUUUAAGAAGACAAGCGCUGGGAGGAUUUAAAAAAGGGGAAUUUAAAGCUCUAAGAAGUCGUCAGGGUGGGACGGAAUAAUCCAGGAAGUGUCGGUCAGGUGGGAGGCGACGAGUUGGGGACAGGUGACACACCGGCACUCAGGUUUGUGAUCUCUGGCCUCUCGGUGAAGGACAAAGGAGGAAGGGACAGCAGUGUGAGAGACUGACAGCAGGCAGCAUCGUCUCCUGGGUUUAUGGACUGGAGGUGGCGAUGUCUCCAGGAGAGGACGGCCUGAUUGGGAUCCCCUUCCCGGAGCACAGCAACGAGCUCUUGUCUCACCUCAAUGACCAGCGCAGGACAGGACUCCUAUGUGACCUCACCCUUACCUCGCACGGGGCUCGCUACCCGACGCAUCGCUCUGUCAUGGCAGCCGUCAGCCUCUACUUCCGCCGGCUGUUUGGAGCGGAGGAAGGCGGCGGCGAGGGCGGCGGUGGGUUCAGCGUUUGCCAGCUGGACUGCGUGGCUCCUGACGCCUUGGACGCCCUGCUGGAGUUCGCCUACACUGCCACGCUUACCAUCCCCAGCUCCGGGAUGAGAGACGUGCUGCGAGGUGCUCAACUUCUGGGCAUCCAGUGCGUGGCCGACGCCUGCAGAGACAUUCUCGGAGAGACGGCGGAGGCUGAGGGGCAGGAAGUCUCCGCGGGGGAGCAGAGACCUCCGCAGGCGACUAGUGAGAGGACGGUAGAGAUAGCAAAUGUUGUAGAGAAAAUAUCCAGAAGAAAAACGGACAGAAAGAAGGUGAAAAAAGUUGGCCUACCUCACAACUUCUCACCUUUGAACCCGCUGCCCGCCUCUCCCGCCUCCCACCCUUCACCAGCAUCUGACAGCUUUCGCUCCCUGCCACCCACCCAGCCUCCCAGCCCCGAACCAGAGGAGCUUCACCCCAAACGUGGGCAAAACGGGGAUCCGAGAGCCAUCCGAGAACCUGGGAGAGGGGCCACACUAAAUGGAGAGUUCCCCCACUGGGCACAAGAGCGAUCUCUCAUAGCCCACCCGCCUCCGACCCAGAACGACAAGCUGUCUGAGGACGACGACAUGGAGGGCUUGGGCGACGACAUGAUGAGAUCCAGCUCCUUCCCCAGCUCCGUAGCAGACCGAGGUGCCGCCACGUCAGUAGCAGGAGGCGGGAGGAAGAGGAAAUCUCAAACCCCCCAGCAGUGUCCAGUCUGUCAGAAGAUUAUUCACGGAGCCGGGAAGCUGCCACGCCACAUGAGGACGCACACCGGGGAGAAACCCUUCCAGUGCUCCGCCUGUGGAGUCCGCUUCACACGCAAUGACAAGUUGAAGAUCCACAUGAGGAAACACACCGGCGAGCGCCCUUACACCUGUUCCCACUGCCCGGCGCGGUUUCUCCACUCAUACGACCUCAAAAACCACCUGUCGCUCCACAGCGGGGCGCGGCCCUUCGAGUGCCCGCUCUGCCACAAGGCCUUCGCCCGAGAGGACCACCUUCAGCGCCACCGCAAGGGUCACAGCUGCCUGGAGCUGCGCACUCGUCGGCCCAGGCGGGGCCCGGAGCUGGGAGAGGACGGCGGUGAGAAAGAAGGCAGCCCUCUGUCUCUACAGGCGCACCCCUCCAUGUUUCACCCCCGCUCUGUUCUGGAAGGCGGAGGCGGGAGCGGCUCCAUCGGCGGACCUUCGCUGAUAUUCCCAAGCGGCAUCGACAGGGAAAGGUCGCUGGCCCUCCAGGCUCUGGCUCAACUCGCCCCGCAGAGGCUGGCCAGCUACCCCGAGCUUUUUCUGCGAGGUCUCGAAAUGCAAGGCGGAAGAGAUUUGGAGAGGGAAGAUCCUGGAGGAACUCGCUCUCCGGCGCUGCAGCAUGACAGAUGGGCUGAUGAAGUGGAAGACGAAGAAAUAGAAGAAGGGGAAUAGUAGAAAAAAAAACUUUAUGUGGUAAAUAUCCACAGUAAAAAAAUAAAUAUAAUUAUCUCAGGUGGCUGGACUAAUGACCUGCUGCUCCAUACAGGGAGCACUUAAAACUUA